ACUCCCCGUCGGCGACCAGCCGACUUUACUCCCCCUCCCGAUCGCAAUGCCGGCGCCGCCCGCCUCUUCCUGGCGCCGGCACGCCGCCGCCGCCGCGUCCUCCUCCACGCCUAAGACCCUCCUCCUACUCCUCCCCGUCCUCCUCAUCCUCCUCGUCCUCUCCAGGGCGCCAAAUCUCACCCUCUCCCCCACGGCCGCCUCCUUCCGCCGCCUCCCCUCCCAGCCCCGCCCGUUCGACUGCUACGCGUCGCCGCAGGCCUCGCCGGUCUUCGCCAGCCUCGUGGAGGGCGUGCCCCACCCCUUCUUCUACUCCCUCGCCGACAUGGGGGCUCUCCCCGACCGCCCCCACAAGAACAUCGCCCGCCUCCUCAAGGGCAAGCGCUUCCGCAAGCCCGACAUCUCCGAGACCAUCCAGCGGCUGCUCGGGGGGAAUGUUGGGAGCGGCUCCCCCGGGGUGGUGGUCGACGUCGGGGCCAAUGUUGGGAUGGCGUCGUUCGCGGCGGCCGUCAUGGGGUUCCGGGUGGUGGCCUUCGAGCCGGUCUUCGAGAAUCUGCAGAGGAUUUGUGAUGGGGUGUACCUCAACAGGGUGCAGGACCGGGUUGUGGUGUACCAUGCUGCGGCUUCUGAUCGAGUUGGGAACAUCACAAUGCAUAAGGUGAUCGGACGACUCGACAACAGUGCUAUAUCUGCAACUGGUGCAAAGUUGGCAUUCAAGGCAAAUGAAGAAAUUGCCGUUGAGGUUGCUACAAUACCACUGGAUGAAGUCAUUUUAGACGCAGAGCGAGUGCUUGUGAUCAAAAUUGAUGUUCAGGGAUGGGAAUACCAUGUUCUGAGAGGUGCAUCAAAGUUGCUUUCAAGGAGAAAAGGUGAUGCUCCCUACCUUAUAUAUGAAGAAGAUGAGCGCCUGCUGCAGGCAAGCAACAGUAGUGCACAGGAGAUAAGGGCAUUUCUUAGUAGUGUUGGUUACAAUCACUGUACACGGCAUGGGACAGAUGCUCACUGCAGAAAAGACUAGGCAAAUGUCUUUUUGCCUGUUGAUUUGAUUCACCUAAGCUGAUGAUCAUCUAGAAACAAUGCAGAGUCAUAUAUGCUGUACUGCUAAGUAACAAAGCAUUUUUCCUCUCAGGCAGCAUACUAUGAUCUCGAAAUUUAGAUAUUUUCAUGAGUACAAAUAGUUAGUCAACUUUUAGGUUCUGACUAAUGUUUUUUUUUUUU